AAGGUCGUAUGGCAACGCGUGAAGUUUGAAUACGGAAACAGGAUUCGUGUGUGGUAUUUACGUCUGUUUUUUUUUUAAUUGGCGCACACUGUAAACUUUUUCUAUGUUAAACUUAUCUUUUACAUCCCCUACUGAUUAUCCCCUUGUGGCUUACGUUAGUGUCAACCGACUGCCCGACAUUAUUACAUUAAAUCUUCUCUUAAUUUGUUACAGAUCAUACGCCCAAACUUGUUAAUAUCCAUAUAUCACACUUUUAACUUUGUCCAAAAAUGGGAGGACCGGUUUUGGAGCGAAAUAAACACUGUCAAUAUUUUGAACCACACCGAUUUUUUAUCCACCGAUUAAUGUGAUGUAGUUUUUCAUUUGACUAUAUGAAUAUUUUAGCAUUUCAAUUUGAACUCUGCUGACAAAAACUUUCUACCGUUGUGUUUAUUUACAUUUGAUACUUGUUGCUAGUUACAAGUAACAUCCAAAACAAGCAAAAAUGUCAGCAAAAGAUAAAAGAAGUGGUAAUUUGCUUGAAAAGUUUGGUGGACUUGGUAAAUCCAAGAAGGACAAAGCGAAGUGGGCGCACACACAGAGACCGCAUUCAGAUGAUUUUACAGACCAAGUUCAGAAUGAUGUAGAGAACUUGGAUUACCUUACAGAUGAACAAAUAAAUGUUCAGUUUGAAAUGAUGCUUGAUGACAUGAAUUUAACAGAAGAAAAUAAAGCACCUUUAAGAAAUAAAGGAAUUGCAGAAAAGAAGUUAUUAAUUCUCCACAUGAAAAAAACCACAUUAAACAAUAGGCUGGACAGUCCAGCUGAUUAUAUAUCUUAUUUAAGUAAUUCUGAUUUGAGUGUUCAUAAGUUAUUCCAAUGUUUAGAAUCAUUGAGGAUAGCAUUAACAAAUAACACAGUUAGUUGGGUUCAAGAUUUUGGAAGCAAAGGCUUAGAUAAAUUGCUUCAAAUUUUAAAUUUGUGUUACGGAAAAAAUGUAAAAUAUGAACGUGUUCAACAUGAAUGUAUUAAAUGUAUAAAAGCACUUAUGAAUAAUACUGUUGGUUUAAAACAAAUAUUCAAACAUCCAGAUGCUCUUAAUAUACUUGCUCGCUCAAUUGAUCCUUCUGUGCCAGUCAUUAUGACAGAUGCUGUUAAACUAAUGGCAGCAAUGUGUCUUGUGCCACCUAAUGGCCAUGAAAAGGCCUUAGAAGCUAUUACUAUAUGUGGUGAAAUCGAAGGGAGAGAAAGAUUUGCACCAAUUGUACAGGGACUUGAAACCAGAAAUGAAACUUUAAGAAUUGCUUGCAUUCAGCUGAUAAACGCUUUAGUCACUUCUCCUGAUGACUUGGAUUUUCGUCUGCAUCUUAGGAAUGAAUUCAUGAGAACUGGACUAAUUGAUGUGUUAGAAAAUUUACAAGUUGAGGGGAAUCCAACAGCUGAGCUAAGCAUACAAUUAAAAAUUUUCCAUGAUCACAAAGAUGAAGAUUUUGAUGAAUUCUCUCAGCGCUAUGAGAAUGUGCGCUUGGAAUUCGAGGAAAUGAAUGACUGCUAUGAUUUAAUUCGCCAAACAAUAGCUGAAACACCUGCUGAAGGAGACUUUUUGUCAAUACUUCAACACUUGCUUUGCAUAAGGGAUGAUAUAACAGUGAGAUCAGCAUACUACAGGCUAAUAGAGGAAUGUGUUUCCCAAAUAGUUUUACACAAAAAUGGUUGUGAUCCAGAUUUCCGUCAUACUAAACGUUUUAAAAUCGACGUUGAACCUUUAAUAGAAACUAUUAUUGAUAAGUCAAAACAAGAGGAAGAAAGAGUAUCUGAUGAGCUUAGUAAAAAAUUAGAGGAUGCUUUGACUGCGAAACAAGAAUCAGAAGCUAAACUAUCUCAGGUGGAAAAUCGCUUAAGAGAAUAUGAAGCAAUUAUAUCAGAAGUUAAAAAAGGUGGCAAAUUACCACAACUGCCUGAAGGAUUUUUGAUUCCAUCUCCAUCUUCUAUACCUCCUCCUCCACCACCGCCCCCAGGUAGUGGUGGUCCACCUCCUCCUCCUCCACCACCUCCUCCACCAGGUUCAGGUAUUCCUCCUCCACCACCCAUGCCAGGAAUGGGACCUCCACCACCUCCUCCCAUGCCAGGCUGUGGACCUCCUCCGCCACCUCCACCACCUGGAAGUGGUCCUCCUCCACCACCUCCUCCCCCAGGUUUGGGAAUGAGGUUUCCACCCCCACCUCCAGGAGGGUUGUCUCCUAAUCUUCCACCUCCUAAUGUUCUACCACAUGGCAUGCAACCCAAGAAAAAAUAUGUUCUGGAAACACCGUUGAAGAGGAUAAAUUGGAAAAAGAUACCACCUCAAAAAUUGUCUGACAAAGCUUUCUGGGUAUCUGUUCAUGAGGAAAAAUUAGCCAGCGAAGAUAUUUUUGAAACAUUAUCACAGAAGUUUUCUUCAAAACCACAAGCCAAAAAAGAAAAUAACAAAGUUGAUGAGAAGAAACCUACCAAGAAAGCAAAAGAAUUGAAAGUUUUAGAUGCCAAAUCAGCACAAAAUCUGAUGAUUUUGCUUGGUUCUGUAAAAAUUUCAGCAGAGGAUAUGGUUAAAUAUAUCCUACAUGUAGAUGAAAAUCACUUAACAGAUGCAAUGCUACAGCAACUGAUACGUUACAUGCCAGAACCAGAACAGUUAACUAGAUUAGAACAAUUUAAAGAUCAGUACAAUGAAUUAGCAGAAGCAGAGCAGUUUGCAAUGACAGUUGGUAGCAUCAAGAGAUUAGUUCCACGAUUGAAAUCCAUCAGUUUCAAAAUGAGAUUCCAGGAACUUGUUCAAGAUAUUAAACCUGAUAUUGUGGCUGCUACUGCUGCUUGUGAGGAAGUCAAGACUAGUAAAAAAUUCUGUUUAAUUUUGCAAAUCAUUUUACUAAUUGGAAAUUAUAUGAAUGCAGGCUCCAGAAAUGAGCAAGCUGUUGGGUUUGAGAUCAAUCUGUUGACAAAACUUAAUUCUACAAAAGCUAUUGACCAUAAAACAACUCUUCUCCAUUAUCUGGCUGAAGUCAUUGAAAAGAAAUAUCCAGAUGCAUUGAAUUUUGCUGAGGAGUUGAUGCAUGUUGAUAGAGCUGCAAGAGUUUCACCUGAGCAGAUACAGAAAAAUUUGGGUCAAAUGAAAAAGUCAGUGAAGCAAUUAGAAACGGAUUUGAAAAACUUCCGUCCCCACAAUGAUGAAGAUAGGUUUGCUGAUGUGAUGUCGAGUUUCCUAACGGAAGCAUCUGCACAAUAUGAAAUUUUAGAAAAUAUGUGUAAACAGAUGGAAAAAUUAUAUGAAGAUUUGUCUGUUUACUUUGCUUUUGAUCCUAAGAAAUAUGCAUCGGAUGAAUUUUUUACAGAUAUCAAAACUUUCAAAGAUAUGUUUCAAGAGGCAUAUAAAGAUAAUGUUCAUGCAAGAGAAUUAGAAGAAAAAAUGAGAAGAGCUAAAGAUGCUAAAGAGAAAGCAGAGAAGGAAAAACAAGAAAGGCUUGCCAAAAAGAAACAACUGAUUGAUAUCAGUUCAGGUGAAGAUCAAGAAGGUGUAAUGGAUAGUUUACUAGAAGCAUUGAAAACUGGGUCUGCUUUUUCACACAAACCUCGACGGAAAGCACCUGCCAGAGGUGCAGCUGUUAUCUUUUUAGAACAAGAAAUAUAAUCAGCACCUGUACUAGAAUUCUCAUGGCACAGUAGAUAGAGAAGGGCCCAGCUGAAUCGAAGCCGGUCAAGAAGCAAUAUAUAUUCCCACAGUCGAGAAAAUGUUAAUAAUUUUGAUUCUCGAAAUGGUGAAAUUGUCCGGUGAGAGCUGAGAACUCUCUAGGUAUUACUGUUAAUAGUGUGGAAAUUGGAUAUUUCAAUUUUACCUUCAUGAAGGCACAUAUGAAAUCAAUCUAUGUAAAUAAAUAAGAUGUACAGAAAGGAUUUUAUAUGUAUGUCUGUAGAUUUUUUGCGUUCUUUGUCAAUCAAUUGACUUUUGUUGCUAAAAGAUUAUUACUUUGUUUAAUAUUUUGCUUUCUUCUAAAGAAUAUCUAUAAAUAUAAUGCCAAAUGAAUCUGAAGAUUCUCUUUUAGUACUCUUCUUUUGUAAACUGGUAUUUUUCCAUCAAUUUUAUCUGGCAAGUACAAAACAAGAACACUGACUUGUGCAGUUUUUAAAAAAAUGUAGAAUGUGUAAAUUAAGAACAGCCUGGAAUUUCCAAAGUAUUUGAAUUCACUAAACAAAAAAAUUUGCCAAACGGUUUUUUUAGAUGUAUCUCUUGUAAACUAACUGAAAUUUUAUUGUCUAGUUAUUUAGUGGUUUUAUAAAUUAAUUUAAUUCUGUAACUCAUACUUAAGUUAUAAAUAUUCAUUGUGAAUAAGUUAAGUUUUUGUUUAAUAUAAAUGCAUAUUAAACAGACAAAUGAAACAACAAUAAAAAAAGUUGUUUGUAAUUGUAAUAAAAAAGUUUGCAAAUUUUGAUAUAAAAUUAUUUCUUUUAAAUUUAAACUUUUUAUCAUUUAACAAAUUGUAAUAAAUAUGAAAAUGUAACGAACAUUUAUAGGAUUUUAAAUUCCCUAUAAUGGCUGUAUUGAAUAUCCUUUAUGCUUUAUAAGUAAUUGUGGUUGAAUGUUGGGUAUUUUUACACAUUCCAUGCUUGCCUCACAGAUAUUUUAGUAAUGCACAAGUCAUUAUAUUCUGUUACUUUAUAAAUGUUUCUAAUAUGUUGCCUUUCUCGCAUUUGUUUCUCAAACUAUGAUGCAUUCUUCUUAAACGGAGCUGUGAUAUGACAUUUUGCACAAACAAAAGGUGCAGAGAGCAGAUUUUUCAGAAUUUCCUCUAUUUUUUUAAGCACAAUAUCUUUGUAUAAAUGCAUAGCUUAUAUUUUAUAUUUUUAAAAUACUCUGUUUUGCACUAAAACUUGUGUGAAACUUGAAAUACUUCAAUGCUUUUGCUUGAUUGCAGUGAUAAAUGCCUUAUGAAUUCUAAAAACAGUUGCUAAUACUCAACAUAUGCAAAAGCAAUAUUUUUUUUUGGGGGGGGGUAUCUAUAUUCUUUUGCACAAUCAACCAAUAUUUUUAUACUGUUAUUAUUUUUCAUAAAUUGAUUAUAACAUUUAGAUUUCUAUAUUUUUUAAAUUUAAUUUUGUUGUUUGUCUGCUUAAAUUUUUGUAGCAAUUUUUGCUUGAAACUAAAUAUUUGAAGCUUUUCAGUUUUGUUUGUACAAUGUUAAAUAUGAAUCCUGUCUUCUAUUUUUAAUUUAACAAAAUCUAUUCAUCUGUAAUUUUUAUCAUCAUAUUGAUUGAGGUUUCUUAAAAUAUUUAUUCUUACUUAUCCUUCGAUUUAAAAAACAGAAAGUGUUGCUAGUUGUUCUCAGAUUUUAAAUUGUUUGGUUUUGUCUGAAUAAAAUUAUUUUAUUUGCAAGUCUUAAGUGUGCCAAGUCUUAAGUAUUCUUAUUUCUUAACUUAUGAUUUUUGUAUUGAAUUAAAUUAUCGUUCACUCUUUUAAUUUAGACUGAAAUGACAUGAAAAAAGUUUGAAUAUUUUACUUUGCUAGUUAAUGUUUUAUUGGACGUUGUUUUAUUAAAAAAUGUUAUUGACUUGUUAAGUUGUGUGGUUUUUGAAUUUUAGUUGUAUUUCUUUCUGUCUUUUUUUUUAAAGAUAUUAAUCACAAAUUAUAUUUUUGUUUGUAGUUUAUAGUUUUUUCUGCAGUAUUCUAAACAAUUAAUAACUGCCAAAAAGUAACCAUUUGAUGGAUAAAAAUUAUUUUGUUUCAAUUUCCUGCACCUUAUACACAAUUGUAUUGAUAUAAACAAAAUCAUUGUUUGAACAUCUUCUGUAACUUUAAUAAACCUAUAAAUAUUUUAAUGAGCUGGAAUAAAUAAGAUGCAUUUAAGUUGUUUAAUUUUGUUUUAAAUUUUCUUUUUUGCCUAUAAUGUAAUAAUUCAAAGAAAAAUAUGAAUUGGAUUGUAUGCUACAAUAGAAUUUGAGUAAUUUUUUUUGCAAUAAUUUGUCAGGAAAAUGAACAAUUUUAAAUUUAAAAAUUUCUUUUAUAAAAAAAAAUC